AUGUGGGGUACUGGAGGAGACACUGCUGCUGUCUCUGGUACAGAGGGAGGAUUAGGUAGAGGUGUCUCCUUUUCUACUGAGCGUCAGCAUGGACAGGAGACACCUGGUGGUAUAAAUUCAACACCAUCAACUCCUCGUUGGUCCUCAGCAGGAACAGCAACAGGAGCAGCAGCAGGAGCAGCAGCAGCAGCAGCAGGUACAGCAGCAGGAGGAGCAGGAACACCAUCAUCAUCAGCAACACCAAUAUCAUCAGCAACACCAACUGCAACAACACCAACAGCAGCAGCAGCAGCAGCAGCAGCAGCAGCAUUAACUUCCCAUUCCCCUGUAUCGGGAUCGUUAUCUCCUGUAGGGGGAUCGUCGUCUCCCCGAUCCCCAUCUGUGCAUUCCCUUGAGCGUCCCCCUUCUCGUGGUCUAAGGAGUUACUCAACACUGUCCUCCUCUGCAGGAGGAGACAGCAGCACAGGAGGAGACAGCAGCAAUAUAGGCAUGACUACUAAACAAUUAACAAGAGCUUAUGCUAGACAAGAAAGUGUCUCUCGUGUCUUAGCCUUUGCUCGUGAUGGUCUGCAGACAGCAGUAAGGGAGACAGCAGACCUAAAGAGACAGGAGAUAGCUCGUCGUGUGCAUGCACAGCUGCUACGUGAGCAGCUGCAGCAGCAGCAGCAGCAACAGCAACAACAGCAGCAACAGCAGCAACAACAACAGCAACAGCAGCAACAGCAACAGCAGCAACAUUUAUAUACUGCAUCUAGUUCUGUAUGGUCAUCACAAGAAGAAUUAGGUGGUGGUGGUGGUGAGCCAUCCUUAACAACACAAGGAUCAGGUGUACAUAGGGCUGGUGGUGUAUGGCGAGUAGCGAAUGAUUUCUUCCUCCAUGUUGGAUCAGAGGCGCAUGCAAAAUUAGCGGGGCUGUUAAAGGCAAUAGGAACUAAUGGGAAAGAGGAAGAAAAUGUUGCUGAUGUUGGUGCAGAGGAUGAGGAUAACUUUGCUUGUGUAUUUGCAUUAAGUAAUAGUUGGUCAACAGGGACAACAACAAGACAGGCAGGAGACAGUAAUAUAUCUAUGGGUACAAUAUCUACAGCAGCAGCAGCAGGAGGAGGAGGAGGAGGAGUAGGAGUAGGAGUAGGAGUAGGAGUAGGAGGAGGAAUAACAGCAGCAACAGCAGCAACAGCAGCAACAGGAAUAGGUGGUGGUAUAAAUAGUAUAGGAGGUAUAGGUAAUAAUAAUAAUGGUAGUAUAACAGGUGUCUCCUCUGUACUGUCUCCUGGUGUUGCCCUACAAACAUCUGCAUUAGGACAAGAUAUGCUAACAUAUAUAAGAGGAGGAAGGACAGUACGUAUGCCAACUAAUGUGUCUCUUGAUUCCCCUGUCUCCUUUCUAAGCCCUAAGGCAGCAGCAGCAGCACCAUAUACUUAUCAUGCACCAACAACAACAGCAGCAGCAGCAGGAGGGGGAGGAGGAGGAGGAGCAACAUGUGCAGCAGGUGCAUGCAAUAAUAAUAAUCAUAUAGAUACUAACAACAACCCCACCAAUAACAACACUUCUCCUCCCUCUAUUGAGGAGACAAUGCCUUUUACAUGGAGACGUUUAUCUGAUGAUGAUUAUAGUAUAGAUAUAGUAAAUAAUACAGCAGGAGGUGCUGCUGCUGCUGCUGCUGCUGCUGCACGUGCUGCAGCAAGAAGAGAAGCAGCAGCAAGAGCAGCAGGAAGAUCAUCAGGAACAGGAGGAAUAAUAAAUAAUAGAUCCAUCAUAGGUACAGAUAGUAUAGGAGGAGGAGACAGUUUAUUAGCAGGAUUAUCUACAGAUACAUUAGGAGACAAUAAUACAUCAAUAGGAGGAGGAGAAGGAGACAAAAAAGAGGAAGAAGAAGAAGAAGAAGAAGAAGAAGAAGGAGGAGGAGGAGGAGUAACAAUAACAGUAGAUGUACCUGGACAACAAGGUGCAUCCUUCUGGCUAGUUGCAGAUAGUGUAGAAUUAUUUUUUUAUGUUGUUAUUCUUCAUCAUAAUACGGGCCUACUUUUUCAGAAUUGUAUUCUUGUAGAUGUACUUCUUCUUAGUACAUGUCUAACAUUUAUUCUUACAGGGGCUGUAUCUACAUCUAAUACAAUUGGGUAA